UCUCUCCCUUAAUAAAUAAAUAAAUAAAGAACAGAAAAUGCCUAAAAUUCUUUGGAUCAAGAUUGGGCUGAACAAUCCUCAGCUUUGUUAUUCUUCCAGAUGACAUAUCAUUCUUCGUCCAGGUUCCUCUACUAUACAGAGCUUUUUCUGAGUUUGCCAAAAACAGUAACCCAUCUGCAACCAAUUGACCUGGAGCAUUUUGAGCAAGAAAGAAACAUAUGAGUUCAAACCCUGAUAUGGCAAGUGUUCAAGAACUGGUCAAGAGUGAACCUUCGCAGGUCCCUGAAAAAUUCCUCGUAAAUAGGAAUGAAGAAGACGAGCCAAAGAGUGAUCUUUCUUCGAAGAUCCCUAUCAUUGAUCUUUCUCUGCUCUCUAGAGAGCAGAAAGAGGAGCUUGACAAACUGGACCAGGCUUGCAAAGAAUGGGGAUUCUUUCAGGUGGUGAAUCAUGGAGUGGCAGCAGAAGUGUUGCAGGAGAUGAAGGAUGCGACGGCCAAGUUCUUUCAACUUCCGUUGGAAGAGAAGAACAAGAUUCGUAUGGCAUCCGGUGGGUUUGAAGGCUACGGGCAAGUCGAUGGUGUUGCCCGAGGGGAGACAAUGGACUGGUCUGACCAACUGGUUCUCACUCUUUAUCCAGCCCAAUUCAGGAUGCUUAACUCUUGGCCAACAGAGCCAGAGGGAUACAAGGAGGCUAUUGAGGCAUAUUCAAGUGAAGUUAAAAGAGUUGGAGAGGAGCUCCUAAGGUCUCUAUCUUUAAUUAUGGGGAUGGAGAAGCAUACUCUUCUUGAACUACAUAAAGAGUUGCUCCAAACUCUGCGUGUGAACUACAUUCCUCCAUGCUCCAUGCCUGAUAAAGUACUAGGUCUAAGUCCACACUCGGACACAAGCACCAUAACCAUACUGAUGCAAGAAGACAAUGUAACUGGGUUACAGAUUCGAAAAGAAGGUGAAUGGGUGCCGGUGAAGCCAAUUCCAAACGCUCUCGUUGUGAAUGUGGGAGAUGCUAUUGAGAUAUGGAGCAAUGGGAAGUACAAGAGCAUUGAACAUAGAGCUGUGGCAAACGAAGGCAAACUCAGGAUAUCUUAUGCUUCAUUUCUUUUCCCGCAUGUUGACGUGGAAGUUGGACCAUUUGAUCAUAUGGUGGAGUCGUCAAGAAUGUACAAGAAAGUCAAAUAUGGAGAUUAUCUGACGACUGCCUUGAAGAAUAAACUUAAGGGAAAGGCACACACUGAAAUGGCGAAGACUGGAAGAUGAGCAAAUGUUUCAAUUUUCAAAAGCCAGACAAAAGUUAAAUCAAGUCUUCAUUGAUGACUUUGAGUGGCUUGUUAAUAAAACGUCAUCAAGCAUGUUGAUUUUGAUUUUUCUGUAGCUGUUACAAUAUGCACUUCUCCCUUCUUCUUUUUUUUUUUUU